ACAACUUAAACACAACAGUCCCACUCUACCAUCUCGCUCUUCGCUGCUCCUUUUUAAGUCACGAGAACCACUGUCCCUUUUUUUCCAUUUUUAGAGAAAGAGGUCUGAGGAGGGAGUGGCAGAAGCACUGAUAGAGAACUUUCAAAGGGGGUGGGGGGGCCUCUCAAGAUUUCAGUCUUAAACUGAAGUCAUCUUUUAUAAAUUUCCAUAGCUUCAGUUAUCUCUCCAACACCCAUAACAUAACAACCCCACUCUCAUCUGAAGAUUGUUUUUGUGUUGUAGUUGUAGUUUUAUAGUUCUCUCAAAGUUAUACAAACUUCUUUCUUUCUCUGUCGGUGGUACCAACAUGAGAAACGCACUAGACCUCAACAAUUUUCCGGAUGAUUUCUCCCGAGAUUACGGCAAACAACAGCUUGAUGACUCCUCUUCUUCUGCAUCCGGAAUCUACAGGAAAAAGAAAAACGGCGCAAAGGAUGAAAGUGGGAAGGUCUACGAGUGUAGGUUUUGCUCCCUCAAGUUCUGCAAGUCUCAAGCACUUGGGGGACACAUGAACCGCCAUCGUCAAGAGAGGGAGACAGAAACCCUAAACCGGGCUCGUCAGCUGGUUUUCAGUAACGAUAACCUCCUACCCCAAAUCCCUCACCAAUUAGGUGGACAACCAGUGGUACAUGGAGGGUUUCAUCAUCCAGCAGGUUGCAACAUGGGGAGUACAGUUUAUCCUACAAGACUCUUCUCCGGUACUUCCACCACCAUUUUACCUCCAGCGCCACCACAACCACCUCCACAGAUGUACACUUCCCCGACACCACGCCUCAGCAACACCUACUCCUCACAAUAUCCUUCGUCACAUAUGAUAAACGACUACUUUGUAGGACAUGUGUGCUCCAACAAUCCACCACCAUUCAGCCUCCAGAAUAUAAACGGCACCACUGUGCCACCACCCGAUAGCACUAAUAACUACACAUGUAUUGGUGCACCUGUUGGUCAAGGGUUCACAGUUGCCGGAGGAAGUGGUGGUGGUGGUGGCACGGAUAUGUCACCAUCCCUCGUCAAUCGAUAUCAUCAAGAUGGGUUCUAACCCUUUUAGUUUCUUUGUUUUUCUCUUUCUCUCUCCUUUCUCUUUUAGGGGUAAUUGUGAAAAUCAUAAUGUAGGUUUUGAGAGAAUGUGUGCUAGUAUAAGCCAGAGUGAAUGCGAGUGUGGACAAGAGUGUGGGGGGGAGGGAAACGGUGUUUCGUUGGAUUUUGUUUCCAGAGGGGGGUUUGGGUCGGGGGAUGACAGCUUUCUUAACUAGAUAUAGACUGAAGGUAUUGUAUUGGGUGAUAUUUAGUGGAGUGUGUUUUAUGUGUAACUAGAUAUAUGCAUGUGGGACAGACAAGUUGGAUUUCAACUGGAAGUCCCUAACUCCCUUUUGGAUUUCAACUUUUAUCUCUCUUGCAUGGGGAUUGAGUCCCAUUCUUUUUAUGAA